CUGAAACCGGACGCAGGUGGUGUUGGUGGUGUAACUUGACGCUGGUUCUCCGGACAGACAGACUCUCUGGACCCGGACUGAACAGAACCGAACCGGCAUUCCUGUGAUGCCCCAGGGCGGGCCGAGCUGGUCGGGGUUGCGAUGCCUUAUGUGGACCGACAGAAUCGCAUCUGCGGCUUCCUGGACAUCGAGGAGAAUGAGAGCAGCGGCAGGUUCCUGCGCCGAUACUUCAUCCUGGACACCCAGCAGGGCAACCUGCUGUGGUACAUGGACAACCCUCAGAAUCUGCCUAAAGGUGCAGAGAAGGUGGGAUCUCUCAAACUCACCUACAUCUCUAAGGUCAGUGAUGCCACCAAACUCCGACCAAAGGCAGAGUUCUGCUUUGUUAUGAAUGCAGGAAUGAGGAAGUUUUAUCUGCAGGCCAACGACCAGCAGGAUUUGGUGGAAUGGAUCAGUGUUCUCAACAACGCCACCAAGAUCACUGUGCCGAAGCCGGGCGAGGGUCAAACAACCGCUCACUCAGAGACCCCCCAGGAAGUACUAGGAGCCAUGAAACAGGUCUCCUACAAGACUGAAAUCAUAGGAGGAGUCCCUAUCAUCACUACUACACAGGAACAGGGGGAGGGGCAGAACGAGGCGGAGCGGGGAGGUUUGAAGCGGGGUCAGAAUCAGCUGCCCUACUUCCUGUCCAGAGGAGUGCAGGACCAGGCCAUCAAGGCUGGGUACUGUGUUAAACAGGGGGCUUUGAUGAAGAAUUGGAAGAGGAGGUACUUCAUUCUGGAGGAAAACGCUGUCAGCUACUACAAAUCUGACCUGCAGGAGAGGGAGGCGCUGAGAGUCAUCCCGCUGAAGGAGAUUCACAAAGUUCAAGAGUGCAAACAGAGGGAGCCGAUGAUGAGAGACAACCUGUUUGAAAUGGUCACCAGCUCCAGAACCUUCUACAUACAGGCUGACAGUCCAGAGGACAUGCACAGCUGGAUUAAGGCCAUCUCAGGGGCGAUCGUUGCUCAGCGCGGCCCGGGACGCUCCGCUAACACUAUCCGUCAGGCCAGACGGCUGUCCAGCCCUUGUAUACAGAGGUAUACGCCAUUCUGCAGUGGUGAAUGCAGCACGAACGCAGUGACAACUCUUCUCCUUCCCCAACAUCCUCCUCCACCUUCUACUACCCCGUCGAAGAGGAACUACACUACCCACAAUCCUCCUCCGGCGCCCCCUCAGCGGGCCCUCAGCUUCACACUGGACACGCACCACCAGGACAACUUCCUGGGUCUGCUCCCGUGGAGGCUGAGCGGCGUCCAGACCGUGAUGGUGCCCCUGCCUUCGGCGCGCUCCCGCCUGUCGCUGCAGGAGACGGUGCAGUCGUCGAAGUGACGGAGGAGAACGGGUCGCCGUGGAAACGGCGCAGCGAAAUGGCCCGGCUGGGGUUUGUUGGCAGCGGUGGCGGGGAGGAGCUGAACAGUCGCACCACUGAGAAGUCUGACCUGCAGAUGACCCUGAUUUGAUGAUGAUGAUGAUGAUGAUGAUGAUUGACAAUCUCUAAAGGACACACACACACACACACACACACACACACACGCACACACACACGCACACACACACACACACACACACACACACUCCUACACAGACUGCUGAGACUCCGUGUUCUUAGAAAACUACUUGACAGUCUAAAUGAUCCUCUCCAAAACCUCCUGGGACCAUUUCUUUUGUACGUGUGUGCACAUGUGGAAUCGAACCUUCUUCCUCUGCUGUUUUUCCUUCACGUCGGUCUUCCCGGAUAUUAUUUACAAACAAACAAACACCACGUUGUCACGCAAAGAAAAACAAACUUGGAUAUUGUACAGUGACAUGUUUCACCCUGCUCAUCACGCGAUGACGGGCUGGUUUCAGGAUUCAUGUGAGAAACAAACAUGAAUCAAACAAACCAAAGUUUGCAAUCAUGUCUUUUCUUUGUUUUCUUUUACAGCAGCAGCUCAGAGUCUCCGUCGUGUGUGUCCACUCUGCUGAGAGAGACUGACUAAUCCAGCUUCUCAGUUUACUUUUUUAAGACAAUCCCGCUUGAUAUGAACUCUUCAAUCCUGAAUUUCCUCUGGAGAACUUUUACUGUCUCUUCUUUCUCAUCUCUAGAUGGUUUUUAGCGCUUCAGAGCUCCAAAGUUGGUUGUAUUUCUAAUGAUGUCUGCACAUUGUUUUCAUCUUAUUGACCAAGAAAGUUACUGCUGUUGUCGGAUAAAAUCCAUACAACGGCGUAUUAUAGCCAUCGUAGGUUAAAAAGAAAAUACAGACCCGGGAGAGGGGGUUAAUAUUCCGAGAAAAAAAUAAAUUUACAAGAAAUAACUCGGAUAUUCUCUUAGAUUAAAGUCGUAAAAUUACGAGAAAUAAUUUUGAUAUUCUCUGAGAUUAAAGUCGUAAAAUUGCAAGAAAUAAAUUGGAUAUUCUCUUGGAUUAAAGUCGUAAAUUUACGAGAAAAAACUCACAAAUCUACGACAAAAAAACUUGAAUAUUCUCCGAGAUUAUGAAAUCAUAAAUUUGCUUUUCUUUGCAAGGAUGGAUGAACCUCAUCGCACCACAAACACCGCCGUCUGCCGUGUAUUAUUCCUGCGGUGGAUGACCUGAUCAAGUUAUACAGUACAAUCAGAUUUAGCAAUAAGGAAAUACUCACGAUUUUAGCCCAGAAUCGUUCAUAUUAUCAUAAACAUCUGGACAGUUUACAAUGUUUCUGGUCAAAGUACGAGAUAAGACGACAUAAAGCCGCAUUAAUAAAAGGAUCACUGCUGUGGACAGAAGAGUUGAGGAGCUGCUCUUUCUUCUGCUCACCAGCUUCACUCCCCUUUACACCUCCUGAACUGUCCUCUCAUGUUACCGUUCCUUUGUGUCUCCAUCAGACGUUGAUGUGUUAAUGUUUGAAGACGUGGAUAGACAUGAAACCAAACUCCUAUUGUUGAUUUGUUGAUGUGUAAAUGUAGUUUUGCUGUUGGUUCCCGGGCUGCUGGAGACGGGUGGUUGUGGGUGUUUGAUUUCUGUUCUGAUGUGCUUUUAGUUUUUAAUGAUUUCAUUAUUUACAGUGAGGAAAGAAACAAACAUAUAUAUAUGUUGUUUACUGACUUUUAUAAACACGUGUGCAUGGCUGCAUGCUCACAACCCCCCCACUGCUGUUCCCCGUUAGACAUACGCUGGGUAAAGUGCCUGCAUUGUUCUUUCUAAAGAGUUGAUAAAAAAGAAAAUGAUGUUUUGACCCUUUUUAGUGUGUAUUUGAUUCUAAGACCACGUGCUCCGUUUAUUAAAAGAAAUCUGAAAAUGA